AUGAACGUUUCAGAAAAUAAGCCCCACCAACCUUUUGAAGGGAAGGCUGAUCCCAUAGUUCCAGAGGAUUUGAUAAGAUCGGUCGAGGCCAUCUUCGAUCAUAUGGAGUUAAAUGAUCGCCAAAGAGUCUCAUGUGCAGUCUAUUUACUCAAGAUGGAUGCACGAAUAUGGUGGGAUGUAAUUAAACAGACCCGUGAUUUGAAUACCAUGACUUGGGCGAAAUUCGUCCAAGCUUUUAGCAAGAAGUGUUACAGUGUGGCUGUGCUAGCAACCAAGGUAGAUGAGUUUGUAACUCUGGUACAAGGAAAUCUAUUUGUCACUGAUUAUGCACAAAAGUUUGAUAGGUUGGCAAAAUUUGCUCCUGAAGUUGUGCCAACUGAAACUCUGCUAAUCCAAAGGUUUGUAAGGGGACUCAAGCCGAUGAUCGCUAGGGAUAUUAUGAUGACCAGUGCUAAAGUAGUUAGUUAUGCAAAAGUACUCGAUAGGGCACUUGAAGCAGAAUAUUUGGAAGAUCAGAUAUGGAAGGAGAAUGUUUCCAGAAGAGAGAACUACCGUAACAAGGGCUUCAAUGAGGGUAACAAAAGGAAAGCUAAUGAAUGGCAGAACAGUGGCAUUGAUAAGAGACCAAGACCCCCGGCCACAAAUAACCACAUUCACAACACUCAGAACCACCAAAACAACCGCAACAAUCGCUAUAAUGAUCGGAACCGUGGGAAUCACCAAGGCAACAAAGUAGAUCAUCCCUUCUAUCCUAAAUGCUCGAAAAGACACCCAGGAGAAUGCCAGGUCGGCACCAAUAAAUGUUUUAAAUGCAGUCAGGCAGGACAUCUGAGAAAGAAUUUCCCACAAUGGAAGGCGGAACAAAAUAACAACAGCAAUCUGGUGUCAGCACGAGUUUUUGCCUUAACUCAGAAUGAAGCAGCCAACAGCAACACCGUCGUCUCAAGUCAACUCUCUAUAUCUGGUGUGAUGUGUAGAGUCCUCAUUUAUUUUGGAGCAACUCACUCUUAUGUUUCCAUGAAUGUUAUUGAUAAGUUGAUUAUUCCUUGCAAACUAUUUGAGCAUAGCUUUAGUACAAUGUUACCAUCGGGAGACAUGACGUUGUCAACUAGGUGGUUGUCGUCAACGCCUAUAAUGAUAGAGGGUAGGGAGUGCCCAGCAGACAUUAUAGAACUGAGUAUACCAAAUUAUGAUGUCAUACAUGGCAUGGAUUAG